AUGUACGGUCUAUUACCGCAGGCGACGAAUACAGCAAUAUCAUUGACAUCAUCUCAAAAAAUGAUAUUGCGAAAAGGUCCAAAGUAUGUCUACCCCAACUAUGCAGAGGCACUGCGGCGAUUACCAGGUGAAAUAAAAGCCAUGACUGACAACAUAAAAAACAAGUAUGAACGUCAACCGACUCAUCCUAGUUUCGUUUUACCGAUGAUCGAUAUUUUUGCACAGAAAGUAGAAAGUACUAUUGUAAAUUAUUUGGAAAAAGGCUUUGCUCAAGAUCAAUGCAAAUAUGCACAGACUGGCACAUCGUUACAGCAACUUAGAGACAGACAACGUAAAAAAGAGAUACUGUUUAGGCAGACAGAUAAAUCUAUAGUACUGAACAUUGAUUUACCUCAAAAUUAUGAGAAAAAAUCAGACAUCUAUAUGGCUAGAACCGACGCCUAUAUGGAAAUCAAUGAACAUCCGUUGAAAAGAAUGAUUGAAAGUACGAACUUGUGGCUCACUGACUUAUUGAGUAAAAAACGUAUAUCAAAAACAGUAUACGAGAAGUUGAAAUCACCUCAAGACUGUGAGCUACCUCAUUUAUAUUACAACCCGAAAGACCAUAAACCAGGUGCACCAUUGAGACCAAUAGUAGCGCAGAUAAAAUCCCCUGUGGCACGUAUAUCACACUUUUUAGACAAAACAUUGAGACCGAUAUUUGAACAGCAUACGGCUCGUUAUACAUUACAGAAUACAGAUGCGUUUUUGAACCAUCUCGAAAGGCCAGAAAAACUUGAAGAUAGAUUAAAAUUUUACAACGAAAAAGACCCACAUAUAAAAUUAACAUAUGAGAUAGGCAAGACUGCUAAUUAUCUGGAUGUCACAAUCUUUGUACGUUACCCGACGGCACGAACGAUAGUCUAUCGAAAACCAGCGGCACAACCAUAUGUAUUACCGUAUGACAGUGCACAUCCAAGGCAUAUAAAAAAGAACAUCCCAUAUGCUGCUUAUAUUCGUGCCAUUCGU